CCCGCCCGCUUUCUCCCGCUCCCUGCCUCCACUUUCACUGCCGCCAGCAGCUCUGUGGCCAACUCUGUCCCGUGGCCGGCGGAGCGGGCGCGCGCGUUGGGGGUCGCGCGACUGCCGAGAAGGGCGAGCGCGCUCUGGGAGGGAGUGGAGGCGUAGGGGGGCGGGGGCACGACUCGCCUGCUCGCAAGAUGGCGGACGAGGACGGCGAAGGGAUUCACCCCUCGGCCCCUCACAGGAACGGAGGCGGCGGCGGCGGCGGCGGCGGGGGGUCUGGGCUCCACUGCGCCGGGAACGGCGGCGGGGGAGGCGGCGGCCCGCGGGUUGUGCGCAUAGUCAAGUCUGAGUCCGGCUACGGCUUCAACGUGCGGGGCCAAGUGAGCGAGGGCGGGCAGCUGCGGAGCAUCAACGGGGAGCUGUACGCGCCGCUGCAGCAUGUGAGCGCCGUGCUGCCCGGGGGGGCGGCCGAUCGCGCCGGGGUGCGCAAGGGAGACCGCAUCCUGGAGGUGAACGGCGUGAAUGUUGAGGGGGCGACACACAAGCAGGUGGUGGACCUGAUCCGAGCAGGAGAGAAGGAAUUGAUCUUGACAGUGUUAUCUGUGCCUCCUCACGAGGCAGAUAACCUAGACCCCAGUGACGACUCGCUGGGGCAGUCAUUCUAUGAUUAUACAGAAAAGCAAGCAGUGCCCAUAUCGGUCCCCACAUACAAACAUGUGGAGCAGAAUGGUGAGAAGUUUGUGGUAUAUAAUGUUUACAUGGCAGGGAGGCAGCUGUGUUCUAAGCGGUACCGGGAGUUUGCUAUCCUACACCAGAACCUGAAGAGAGAGUUUGCCAACUUUACAUUUCCCCGACUUCCAGGAAAGUGGCCAUUCUCAUUAUCAGAACAACAAUUAGAUGCCCGACGUCGGGGUUUGGAAGAAUACCUAGAAAAGGUGUGUUCAAUACGAGUCAUUGGUGAGAGUGACAUCAUGCAGGAAUUCCUGUCAGAGUCUGAUGAGAACUACAAUGGUGUGUCCGAUGUAGAGCUGAGAGUAGCAAUGCCAGAUGGAACAACCGUUACAGUCAGAGUUAAAAAGAAUAGUACUACAGACCAAGUAUAUCAGGCCAUUGCAGCAAAGGUCGGCAUGGACAGCACGACGGUGAAUUACUUUGCCUUAUUUGAAGUGAUCAAUCAUUCCUUUGUACGUAAGCUGGCUCCUAAUGAAUUUCCUCAUAAACUCUACGUCCAGAACUAUACGUCCGCUGUGCCAGGCACCUGCUUGACCAUUCGAAAGUGGCUUUUUACAACAGAAGAAGAAAUUCUCUUAAACGACAAUGACCUUGCUGUUACCUACUUCUUUCAUCAGGCUGUCGAUGAUGUGAAGAAAGGUUACAUCAAAGCAGAGGAAAAGUCUUACCAAUUGCAGAAGCUGUAUGAACAAAGGAAAAUGGUCAUGUACCUCAACAUGCUAAGGACUUGUGAAGGAUACAAUGAAAUCAUCUUCCCCCACUGUGCCUGUGACUCCAGGAGGAAGGGCCACGUUAUCACAGCCAUCAGCAUCACGCACUUUAAACUGCACGCCUGCACCGAGGAGGGCCUGCUAGAGAACCAGGUGAUAGCAUUUGAAUGGGAUGAGAUGCAGCGAUGGGACACAGAUGAAGAAGGGAUGGCCUUCUGUUUCGAAUAUGCACGAGGAGAGAAGAAACCCCGAUGGGUUAAAAUCUUCACACCAUACUUCAAUUACAUGCACGAGUGCUUCGAGAGAGUGUUCUGCGAGCUCAAGUGGAGAAAAGAGAACAUUUUCCAGAUGGCGAGGUCACAGCAGAGAGAUGUGGCCACCUAGCUUUCCCUGUCCCCUUCCCUUCUCUUCACCCUCAUCCCUUUACCCCUUUCAUCUCCCAUGUCAGACAGAGUAAUUAUUAACACGAAAAAAGAGAAAAAAAAAAGUCAUUAUAUUCAAAAGCCCUAAACUAAAUCUUAUUAAUAGCCCCUCUGCAUUUCACAUCUCUGGAAUUCAGCUGGGCAAGAAUAAAAUGGUCAGCCCCAGAAGUCAGCUGAGUUGAGACAGGAAAGAAACGAGCCCACCGACUUGCCAAAGGUGUCUUUUGUCCUUUCACUAGGCCUCAUACAACAGACUCUUUCUCCUUGUACUAUAUUUUUAAAACUGGAACUAUGAACUUCAUCCAUUUGCAUUGUUCAGACAUAUAUAUGUAUGUAUGUAAAAAAUUAUAUAUACACAAAUUAGCUGCACGUAUUAUAUACAUAUAUAUAUUUCUUUUUAAAUUUCAUAAUGAUGGCAGUACCUUUUUUAGCUUGUGUUUUUACACACCUUUCACUAGAAUUCAUGACUUCUCUCUCUUGCUCUCUUUAUUUUGAAACAAACUUUAAAAAGAAAAAAAAAACGUUUUAUAGGGAAAAUACCUCUCCUCAUGAAGGACUCAAAAAGUUUACAACCUGCUUGGGUUCCCCCUCCCCCCCUUUUUGUACUGAGUACAGAUUCCAGCUCUUGGGUUCCCACAGAGUCUGAGGAGCAAGAAGUAUAGUUUCUUUAUCAUCUGAGAGGAUGCUGGGGAGGAGAAAGAGCUGUGUGGGUUUUUUUUGUUUUGUUUUUUUGAGACAGAACUUCAAGCUGUCGCCCUGGGUAGAGUGCUAUGGCAUCACAGCUCACAGCAACCUCCAACUCCUGGGCUCAAGCGAUUCUCCUGCCUCUGCCUCCCAAGUAACUAGUACUACAGGCGCCUGCCACAACACCCAGCUAUUUUUGUUCUUUUGGUUGCAGCCGUCAUUGUUGCUUGGCAGGCCUGGGCUGGAUUUGAACCCGCCAGCUCAGGUGUAUGUGGCUGGCACCUUAGCCGCUUGAGCCACAGGCACCAAGCCGAGCUGUGGGUUUCUUAAGGGUAGCCCGGCUGCGGUUCUGCAGGAAGACCCUAAAGACUUGGUGUGGUCUCUUGAUUCCAGGAAAUUUUUCUGAUCCACCUCUGUCCCCCUCAUGGCUUUCCUACCACAUUCAGCAUCUCCGUCCUGCUUCCCAAGGGCCCUUGUGUGCUUUCCCUCACCUGACCCUGGUGGGGUUGAGGGAGGGCUCAGGAGGCUGAUGCUGCAGGAACUUGAAACACUUAAUGGUAGUGAUUCACACUUCCUGCUUUUUCUGCAGCAGGGAUAAACCUAGGGACCAGAGUUAAAACUGCUCCCUUAGGCAACAAAGGUUGCACUUACGUAAGGGAGAGGGAGAGAGCAGUGUCCUGUGUACCCAGGGUUUGCUGCUCUGCUCUGACUGAUGACCACCUGCAACCAUUACAUUCUCUGUGGCGUCCUCACACAGCCGCCUGGGGAGGACUCUGAUGAUGUUUUCAGGGCCUCGGGGAAACCGGGAGUGUAUUAGCAAUCUGCCAGCUGAGGACCCAGGAAGGCAUAGCAGGAAUGUGAUUGAUUUAGGUCAAUCUCCAACUUUCUUUUCUUUUUUUGCAGUUUUUUUUGGGCCGGGGCCUGGUUUGAACCCACCACCUUCGGUAUAUGGGGCCCGUGCCCUAUUCCUUUGAGCCACGGGCCCCACCCAAUCUCCAACUUUUAAUGAAAAGGAGACUGAAGGAAAACCUUUUUGUCCCUCCAAGAGCUCCUCCCUUGACCUUGUAGUCAGACCCUGUGAGAUCUAAGCGCUGAGACGUGCCAGGAGCAGAGGCAGGGCUGGUUGGGCAGGGGUGUGUUCUCAGCCCCGGCUCUGUGGAGAAUGUAUGAAGAGCACCACGUCAGGCUCUGCGCAGCUGAGACACAUGUGGGAGCCUUUUCUUUUUCCCUUCUCUACCUGCUAAACACAAACCUUGUAGGGUAACAUCUUUGCUCUGCCUGACUGGGAGGCAGCCAUGACAGGCAGCAGUCAGCCCCACUGAGUAUGGGGUGGUUUGAAGUUUUGUUUUUGUAACUUGUUUUUGCAGAUCAUUGUGAAGCCGCUCUUCUUUCUCUCUGGCUCUGUUAUCCUGGCAGCCACUUGCCCUGGGAGGUGUGGAGUCAAGCGAGAUAGCCUCCCUCCCCGUCCCUACCCAGGUAGUGUUGCAGAGUGUACGGUGUGAGCAUGAUGAGUUCAGAGCCAGAGAGUGGUGCCACAUUUGAGGCUUUGACACAGGAAUUAGCUCCUUUAUUGGGGGGGGGGGGGGAGGUGAUAAAUGAAUUUAAUAAUGAGCCCAAGGACCCUGAGAAGAAGUGUUGAUUUCCCACUCUAAGAUGCUAAAGAAGAUUUUGGAACCAGCUUUGUUCAAACUGUAAAAAUAGCAAUUUGCCCUUCUCCCUCAUAAUGGGAGAGGAAUGAGCAAAUGUGGGAAUUCCUGAGACAACCCCAAGGUCGACCUUCGGGUACAAGACACGGGGAUGUGGAGCAGGUGGACUUGGAGUGGGUGGAUGGUGCUGGGGCCUUUUCCUGCCAUAUGGCGUUCACUUGGCGCUUGGAGGUCAGGUGAGGGGCCCCAUAGGGCCUGUAUUUGGGCCCUUCUUGGCCGUCCCACCAACAAAGCACCCAGCUGCAGCAGGAGACAGGGAGGAGGGUGACCCUGAAGGACAGUGCCUUCUCCUCUGCCACCUACAGCGGGCCUGCAGCUAUGGAGGCGGAAGUCACUGUGGCUGUGGAGGCCCAUAGGAUCAAACCUUUCUUUGCAUGAAGCAGUGUUUGGUGUGACCCCACCCCCACCCCCUUCCUGUGUACUUCGUCUCUCUAAUCCUUUUUACUCCUUAGUCCUGAUGUCUGCCCAGGGAGGCUUUUAAAACCAGUCUUCUUUUGCAUUUUGUCUCUGGAAAAGGGGGUUUGCCCCUGCCAUCACCUUCACCCCAGCAGAGCCAGUAGAACUAUCCUGAUCUCCCACAUUCGGUUUCUAUCCUCUGAGGCAAAAGCUCUGAGGUUUUUAUGGAUCAGGAGAAAAUACAGGUUGAGAGACCUGCCCCUGCAGCAAGUUCCCUGCAGCCACACUCUGGGCUCUCUGCUUUGUGUGUACUUUUAUUCUACUCUUCACUGUUCUGCCCCCAUCAUCCCGGGUCUCAGCACAGGCACAGACGUGUCUGUGCUCAGGGCAGCUCCUCGGCCUAGACGGAGCUCUCAGGGAGGACAAAGACAACUUUUCUAGCCUGGCCCAUUUAGUUUCAUCUAGUUACCCAGGCCAGUAGCUUUCAGUUAUCUCCUCUUAUGGCUCCAAAACCAAUACUUGGGAGCUGCAAAACUGGGCACUGACAGGAGGCAACACCUCUCUCUCAUCUCAGAAUUUGCCACUGUAUAGUCUGGGCUCACAGGAGGCAGCGUCCCUAAAGGGGAUUGUGUCCCCGUUGGCCUGGAGGGACUGUUGUGUCCUCUCUUCUCUCCGUCAUGCUGCCUGGCUGGCUGGAUUGAGCAGAAGCAACUGUGCUGUCUCUUCACCAGCUUCAUUGUGUUACAUUAGCUUCCUUUUGGAGGGAGGGGAUACGGUCCAAUACUCAGAUAGGGAAGGAGAGUAGAGGCGGUGGGUGUGCUUCUUAGCUGCCCAUCUUCCAAGCCUGCCUCUUGUCUUCCUCUUCCCCUAACCCUGAGCACGUCGGGCCAGGCCUUGCUCAUACCAGGGCAGCAUUUGCUCGCUCCUCAGCAAUCAUGGAGGGUGUGUGGAGAGCUUAGGGCUCCAGGAAGGCACAGAAUCAAAGCGGGGAGUGAUACAUGUAUGGGGUGGGGGCUAAACUUGGAUACGUUUUAUAUUGUGUCCUUCUUGUAAGCCGGUGAGCUGGGCUUCAGUUUUUCCCAGGCCAUGCACACAUUUAAUUUAUUUGAGAGAAACUCUAAUUGUAUUUUCACUGCAGUAUCUUGUAUUUUUUAUUUGUGAUUAAGAAAUGUGAAGAGAAAAUACACAGACACAUAAUGGCUGACAGCGUUUCCUUCAUUACUUGUUCCAGAGCUAACCACUCUAAAAUUGUUUGGUAAUGUCACUUAGUGUAAUUAAUUGUAACAUAUUAUUUUAAAUAAAUUGAUUUAUUGAU